UCCUGUUUUAGCAUACUGUUCUUUUUUCCGACAGAAAGGGGACAAACAAUGGCAACGUCGUCCAACGAUUUUGAGCUCUCCAUUCUCGUCGUAGGCUGUUAGAUUUUGUCGUCCACCCUCGUUCUUUUAAGUACCUUACUCCCCGAUCUCGAAUCCAAGAGUUCCACCUCAAUCUCCCCCGCUCCCCUCCUUCUAAACCACGGGGAGGAAGAGGAGAUAAUGGGCCCGCAAAUUUGAUUCAGGAAAAAACCAUUCCCCAUUCAUUUUGGCAUUUCCUCUCUCGAUGCUGGAUUUCGGGUUAUGUAAAGAUCGCGUCUUUGUUGGGUCUCUCGCCGAGUGUAUUGAAUUUGUUGCUUGAAGCUUUUCCCCCUCAAUUUGAUUGCAUACAUCAAAAUGAAGCAAUUGUGGUACUAAUUCGGGUUAUUAGAAUGAACAGGCCAGAUUCGGAUAAUAAAGGCAUGCCAAGGAGCAACAGCAUGCUUGAUUUGGAAAGUGGCGCAGGGAUUCUUACCGAUGAUGAUGAAUUCAGAGGUUAUGGAGGCAACAAGAGGCAUUCCAAGAGGAAGCUUGAUAGGUUGAGGAGUGGUUCGUUGGGGAACCGGUUAGGGCUUAAUUCGAUCGAGAGUGGUUCUGGGGAUGAGAACAAUGUCAAGGAGAAGAGUGGUAGUAGCAGGGUUGGUAUGGGGAAGGGAUCCAAGAAGCCUCCUAAACCACCUAGGCCACCAAGGGGACCAGCAUUGGAUGCUGCGGAUAUGAAGUACGUUAGGGAGAUCUCUGUGUUGUCGAAGGUCAAGCAUGCGAGGAUUGAGCAUAUGAGGUCGCUCAGGAGCAAGAGGGUGGAUGAUAAAAAGUCUCGGUCCUCCUCGUCGUCUUCUUCAUUGGGUGCGAACAUUCUUGCUAUGACGGUCACCGUUGGCUUCUUCGUCAUCGUUAUCUUCCAAGGCCUACGCUCCAGAUAAGAACUUCAUUUCCAGGCCUGUCCAAGCACAAUUUUUUUUUUUUUUAGAAACUGGCUCGUUGGAUUUCACAUGGAUACAUGUGGCCUCGAUCUUCCUCAGCAGCCUUACCAGCAGUAUGGAGUGAACUUUCAGAGUUACAAUUGGAGCUUAUUGGAGUGGGAAAAGGCGUCUUGGACUGCUUGUCUCGCAGGCAAGCUACAACUUAGAGAGAAACACUGAGAGUGCCUCCCAAGCAAACUAAUGUUCCCGUUGUACAUGGCAUUGUAUCAACUGAUUGGUGAAUGCUUUUAACAGUUUAACCCGACGUCAAACAAAUUAAUACUCAGAGCAUGACUUUUGUGAUCCCAUCUCGAAACAUCACUCAGAAUGAAAUAGUGUGAUAAUUGCAAGUUCAAUUGAUCAACGAAACAUCCAUAUAACAAGCUAUAAAACAGAAGAAAUGCAGGU